AUGUGUUGUGCUGCCUUGGAAACGGAGUCCCUAGAGUCGACUACUUUCUCCCUUCUGCGCACUAGUCUGCUAUCAAAUUCGGUCCGUUAUCCGAUGCAGGAUAUGGGGUCAGGUGACCAGCAGGGCUCAAUGGCCGGUCUGCGCAUGCCAUACGACGUGGUCUCCUCAGUUAGGCAGGUAUGUAGCAUGUUAGGCGGUCAGAAAAGUCAAAGACGUGCUCAUCACUUAUUGUAGUUUGUUCGGUGGUGAUGGCCAACCCGCCAGUCCCUUCGGUUACGACGUUUAUGGGAGGGUGUUCGUCUUCAUCCACAGUCCCGGGAGUCAAAAGUCGAAAAUAUUGACGAGACUGUGCGUGUCUCAUUUUAAAAGUCACUUCUUUAGACGGCCUCUUCCGAUGUCUCGUGGCUUCAAGUGCGACAUUCAGCCCGAACACAAUGCGUCUCCUGGUUCCCAGUUCAAAAUUUCGUCCGAACGCAAUGCCUUGUGAACUACUCGUCGUGCCCUUAACUGGGAUAAGUAUAACCGUAAAGCCUUCACUUUGUUGACUUUGCCUCCUUCCAAGGGAAGGACGUUAACCCAAGGUACAAUUCAUUGAGCUUGUCCUGCGCCACAAGCCAUUUUACGUAGACCUCUCUGUAAAAUCCCUGAGCUGUCACGGCGUCAACAAGGUCUCCGUCAUCUAAUUCGACGAGUAUAUCUAUGGGAUCAAGAAAUUCUAGAUAUACAAUGAGAAGACGAAGACUGUUUGCAAGUGCCACCGAGGUAUAGUGAACUUGGCAGUUCGUGAGAUGCGCAGGAAUUUGCAAACAUUUAUAGUUACCAGCAAACCGGCGUAAAGAAUAAACCAAAGCUCUCAAUCAAUAAUAAACGAUUUCGAGUAAAAUUAAAGCAUAAAAUAAGCACUGGAAGAAAUAUUGUACUGUUUAGAAACAACAACUUUUUAGAAAAGAAGAAAUUCUGAAAACUUCAAAAAUCGAUGUAAAUGGACAAACUUAGGUUUUCGGUGCACAGAAAGCCUGUCUAUGCAAACAUCCGAAUAAGCAGAACAGCACAGGCAUAAAAAAUUGAAAAUGGUCCUUUCAUGAGGUUUGCUCUUUGAUUUCCUGUUGGACUCAGUGUACUGUCAAGUUUGAUGGCUGGCCAACAGCCUAUAGUUUGAGUUUAGAUUCUAAGGCGGUUUUAUGAGAAUUUGCUGCACUUUCCUCGUUUUUGCAGGUGGCUAAGGGAAGCUACAGGUCACUUGAUUUCGCCUAUGCAGAAGGCAAGGGAAAAAUGUUUUGUAAGGUCGCACGUUGAUGGGCCGGUUAGCGACUGAUAAAGUUGAACAGAACUGGCAGCUGCAUCUGUAUUAGCCGAAGACGUUGAGGGUAGCAUACACGGGCAACGUGAAGUACUGAAGAUAAAUUCUGACCUAGAACGACCUGGACGAGGUUGUUAGAUGCCCACCAUUCUCAUCAAACAGUGAUAAAGAAGAGAUAAACGAGUACAAAUUAUAUGCUAGGAAGGAGUUUCAUUUGUAGGGAAAUGACAAUGACACAGGAGAGAUGAGUCACACCAGAAGAACGAAACAACUGCAAGGGAGUUGAUGUUGACAUUUCUGCUAGACACCCGGUAUUGAUUGCGGUGUUGGGGACAACUACAGGGGAGGGCUGUCGAAGGUCUUGUCGUGAAGCGGGAUAACCAUCACGGCAAACGGUUAGAACUUCGGGAAGGGGGUCAGCGGUUAUGUAGAGACAAGGCACCGGUUAUUUUCCCUGACACGUGGUUUCACCACCUCCAUUCUGGAUCCGUUCCAGUAGUGAUCACUACGUUCGAACAACCCAGUCCAAUUCGUUGGGCCUUAUAAAUCGUAAGCAUGUCAUUUUGUGUGUACUGAGGGGACUUUCUCUCCGCAAGAUUUCAAUAUACAGUUUCUGGAACUGGAGUGUAGGGAGUGAAAAUUUAGCAAUAUCCAAUGUUUUUAAUAGUUUGUAUUUAAAGAUAAAUUCUGUAUAAUGUAUUUGUCAAAACCUUCAGAAUAUAAUAUUUUUGAAAGCAUUUACCGAAGUGUUGUGAGCUUGAGCAUUUAUUCUAACCCAGUCGACCGUUUGUGUUUUAUCUGUGGCGCUAACCGAUCUAGUCUGCUGAUCUCACUUCCUCUUCUGCUCAUUUCGUCCAACGAUCGGUUGUUGUCACCAAAUUGGAAACUCGGUUUUCCAGAGAGUCUUCUCUUUUUCCAUAAAAUCGAAUGUCCGAGAAAUAUGUACGUCGGCAACGACAUUUGGCAAUGAAUCUUCAUUAGGUCAAUUAAAAAAUUCCUCGAACAAGUUGUCUAUUUAAGGAGCAAUUGAAUAAGGCUGUUUGUGCACGGAUGACUGAUAAAUUAUUUAUGAAUCUUUAUGCAAAUGGGAGAUUUCGGGGGACGGGUUAGAAGAAAACAUAAAGUGUACAGCAUAUGAAUCGCUUAAAGCUGAACGCCCCCAUUUUCGUCACCAAGUUUCAUGAGUUCGGAUACUUACUGUUUGUGGACGCGAGAAGAAUUCUGCAAUAAAAACCGGCUAACUGACGUUUAAGGAAAGGGUAAUUUAAUCAGAAGGAGGUCGCCCACGCCUCAACACUGAUGUUGAAGUAAGCGAGAAUUUCUAUCUCAAACAUAUAUAACUACAAUAGACUCAAGACGCGUGAAAUGUGUCAUCAAUUUUGCGUACGUAAUGUAUAUGUGCAUAUAAACUAAAAAAAUUAUGCCUGAAAAUAAUGAACGUUUAGAUGGCGUACUUACUAGACACAUGCGUUUAGCAUAUUACGGGGACAGUGUUCAUCGAAAUGUUCGCCCGACUGAUUCUUGUGAAGAAUAUAAACACGCUCCUAUCAAGCGUACCUUUCUGAGCCCCAAUCAGCGCGUCCAGUGUGCCUAAUACUCUGUCCAAACGGCAUACACUGAUACGCAAAGAGACCAUACUGCAUGCGGCUUACUUAUUUGUAUUUUUCAAUGUGAAAUAUGGCAUUAAAUUGGCCUUAUUUUUGGCUUUUCCACCCUUACUCAUUUUAUAGUCAUUUUUUCUUCUUAUUGUUUGGCAGUUUUGCCAUCUACCCAGUUUACUUUAUGACUUUUCAGGUUUUCCUCGAGAUUUUUCUGUGGCUUAAAUUGAGCAUGUCUCCUAAGAAAAGAGUGGAAGUGUAUUUAGACGACUGAAUAGCCCCAACCUUCGCUUCAAACUUGAGAACGUUCGCAAUUUGAGCACCCCGUGUCAUGAGGGGCACAAACAAAAGUGCUGCAUUUAAAAAACGGCGCUGAGGUUGUUUUUGCCCGUUUUGGUAGACGUAUUGUCUAGCUGUGAGGUAAUAGUUUGUCUGGUCUUGCUUCCUGCAUAAAUUGUGGCAUUUCCGAUCUCUUCAGAAUUUGUUUAUUUAAAAAAACCAGUUUGUCUUCGGCGAAUCUAGAACGUUUAUUUAGUCAUUUAUCUGAGCUUACGAAUUCGACCCUUUAGGUCGAUCGAACAGUAUGAAUAACACCAUGGUUUUUAUAUCGUAGUUGGUCCACCACCCAUUUUAUAGGUACUUGGCAUUUUUUAGACUAUGGUUCCAAUCAACAAUUUGUAAAUACUUCAAACUUCGUCCACCCUGGCAGCAAUGUACGCCCGUUUCUGUGAUAGGACGUCCUAUCACAUAGCAACCUCGCUGCCUGCAUAAAGGCGCUAGUAACUGGCAUUGCUAGCACGCAGAUUUGCCUUGAUGCCAAUAGUUUGCUGAGACUCCGAGAAGACGGACAGUCAGUUAUAAGCUUGUCUGUAGAUGCCUGACCUCAGUUUCGGGCAGUCAACUCUCAUCGCCAACCUCACUAACAAGAAACUUCAAAGUACGUGACGCCCUAUCGACCAUAGGUGCAUUCACCACCAGUGAAACUCGGUGGCGCAGCCCGCGUCUGUACUCACGCACUCCAGUACUUAGCGAUUUCCCGUAUUGACCAACCGACAACUAGCAUAUUGCUGGUACAAAACGGCGGCACAUUUCCUGGUGGCGUGCUGUAUCAUCGCUUUCAAGGCCAGCAUGUGUCGUGGCCAUUAAACAUUGCAAGAAAUUUAAUCGUGUUUGCUAGCCAGUAUUCUUCAUCCUCUGUAGAAGCUGUCGGUUGAAUGUGGUGCUUUUAUACCUCUUGUUUUCGUUGUUUUGCAGAUUGUAUAUCUGUGUAUCCUAAGUUGUCUGGUUGUUCGUGGCGAACGAAAUGUGUUUCCACGGUCUUUCAGGUUUUUAUAUAGUUCAUUUAAUCGAGUAAGAGAUGCUAGCAGGUUGUGGUAGACUGCAGGACUUUCGUAUGCACGAAGUUUGUUGUCGCCCCCACCACCAUCAUUAGUUCGGAACAUGAUGAAUCUGAAAUCCAACAAUAUGUCAGGGGCUGAAACUGCAUGCAACUGUCUAUUUGGAUUAUGGAAGAAGCAAGGCUUCCCAUGAUACAAGCCGCUCAAGUGUUCUGUUUGCAGUUUAUUCACCCCACCGACUCUUAAUCACACGUAAUUACUUGCUUGAUACUCGGUACGGCUGCGAUCAUGUCUAAUCUAGCCGACCUCGAUGAUGUCCGGGACCGUACCUCAUCACGCGUGAAGAUCCACGGCAGCAGAUCCGGACAGUUCAACUCAUCCUCAUCGUCAACGAAUACGGAAGGCCCAAAACCCACCUCUAUGUCAUGACGAACUAUGUUGAGCCAGGUUUUGAGUUGACCCCCCCCCCUCGACGUCUCCAAGCGGGUAACGAUGUCGGAUCGAACGCAGUAACACCGAGCUCCUGAGGUGGAUGACGAAGAGCAUGCCCAAACCACCGCAGUCGCCUUUCCUGGAUGGCCUGGGUUAUCCUUGUGAUGUCGCAGCGAGCGCGGGCUGUCUCAUUUGAGACGAAGUCGGUGUAUUUCACUGGAGAGAUGGUCCUCAAGCAGUGAUCAAAUACCUCCAGUUUUCGCUCGUCCUUCACGCGCACAGCCCAGCAUUCACAACCAUGGAGAACGACAAACCGAGCAGAUGUACGGUACACACGAAUCUUAAUGGCCAUGGAGAGGUCGCGUCGGAUCCGUAGGCAUUUUAUAAGGCUCGGGAAAACCCGUCGGGCAGCAUCAGUUUGCGAGACAAUGUCACCCUUACUCUGCCCAUUCGACAGCAGCCUCGCCCGAGGUAUUUAAAACUGUACUUCUUCAAGUUGACAGCCAUCAAUCCCGAGAGGUGCCUUCUCCUGGUCAGGGAUGCAGCUUGUAAACACUUCAGCCUCCCAGCGUUUAUGAACAAACCGACCAAUUUAGCAGUCUCGUUCACCCAUGACAACAUAGACCGCAGUUCACCUCAAUCACACGGUGAAACUUUUCCGAGAAAUACUCAAGUAUGACAUGCUUUUCAGGAACCUGCUUCUUAACUGUGUGGAGCUUUCAUUUUUCUAGUUCUUUUUGGUACCUUUUAAUGCGUAUUUCCUUAAAACAGUACUACUUUCGUCAUUUUACUCCACUUAUAGAAUGCCUCUGCAAAUUUUCCUGGUUCGUUUGUUUGCCUAUUUCAGUUUUCUUUUGAUUAAGCAAUGCGUCCUUUCUUUUCCCAACCUUUUCAGGUAUGUUAGCCAGUAG